AAUCGAUCGAUCGAUCGAUUUAAUCGUAAAAGCAAAUAACGAUUAUAUACCUACAUAUGUACGUAGUUACAUUAGACAUUAAAUAUUAUUCCUCUGGCGGGGUACUUUACAAAAUAAAUGUUUUAUCGCAGGUAGUGGAAACUAUAAAUGAUUCACGUUCCAAAUCAAGCGGAGUGCUUCGAUCGGGGUUAUCCAAGCGAAAAACUGCGCCCGAGACCGAUUCAGGUUCGCCUUAUGAAAAUGGAAAGUACCACGAUUCCAUGAACGAACUAGAAGAGAACGUUCCAAGUAUCGACGGUGAUAAACGCUCGCUACUCGAGUCUAAAGAUAUGCACGAAUCUUUCGUAGAGCCUAUGGAUCGUAUCGAUGAUUUCGACGACGACAUUAAAGUUAGAUUGGGAAGAGGCCUGAAAACGAUCAGCGAUGAUUCAAUAAAAAACGAAACCUCCGACAAUUCGACUAAUGUUUCCUCUAUAAAUAAUGAAAAUCUAACAACGAUUAUGAACAUUGUAAAAAUACCUACGAAUUACGAAAUAAAUAUAAUUAAUUCGUCGUAUUAUACCCGAGAUAUCAAUGAUAAUUCUAACGAAACGAUAAAAAAAAAUGAAAAAAAAAGAUCGAGCAACGAAAGUCAUUCGAUCGUGAAUAGCGUUAAAAUUGGAUCUAGUAGACGUCCUCGAUUGGAACCAUUGGCCAAUAGAAAUGCAUCGAGAGUGAAACGAGAAGGAAAUUCUUACUCGUUAAAUUACGACAAAGGAAAUCCUUACGAUACGUAUUAUUCACAAUCGAACGAUAUCACGAAGGAUCUUUACACGAUUGAUCCUUACAAAUAUAAAGAAAACGAUAAUACGCAUUUGAAAUAUAACGACUUGAACGAUCUUUAUAAACAGAACGAGGAUGAUUCGAACGGUAGUAAGAUUAAUGAUAAAAAAAAGAAUAAGAAUAAAAGGAAACGAAACAAGAAGAGAAAGAGGAAGAGAAAGAAGAAUAAGAAUAAGAAGGAUAAUAGGAGAUGGAAGAAGAAGAGGAAGAAGAAAAAGAAGAAGAAGAAAAAUUCCAAUUGGAAAGUGGCCAAGAAACGUGUUAGAAAUUUGAACAAAGACGAUAGAUUCGAGUUUCUCGGAGAUACGAAAAGGAGGAGGAAACUUUCGAAACGUCGUCCAUACGCGAAUUUUCGCGACGUCGCAUGGAAGAAGGAACGACGCCGUCGAAGAAAGAAGAAAAAUAUGGCCGGGAAGAAGGGAAAAAAGGAAGUGGAGAAGAUCGAAAUGAUGAGAAAUCGUGAGACGGGUGAGGCGAAGGGAAUCCGAAGGAAUUCUCAUGCCGAUAUCAUAGCUGGCGCUAACGUGAUUCAACAGGAGAGUGUGAACGAUCAAAACAUGGCCCGAUAAAUAACGAGCGAUGAAUAUACAGACAAUGAGAGAGAAGGAGACGGAGGAUGAGGAUACCCGUAGAAAGAAGCUCGCUAUGCUCCUGACAGCUGACAACAUGGAAG